GAGAUGGUAAAACUCCUGAAGAGAAAAUUGCUGGCACAGCUUGUAGUAUGAGGCCAGCGGCAGCAGAACAGUUGUGUUUGUAGGGAAGGUGAAAGCUGUUUGCUGUGUUUGUUAGUCUUGUCAGUGGGAGUUUUGCACUAGUUCAUCAUGCUUGCUAUAGAGCUGUGACGGGGGAAAAAAGACAUCUGUCUAUCUACCGGGAUACUCCAAUUUACUUUCAGACAGAACUGAGAAUGAUGGCCGAAGGGAAGUUCGCCAGCCUGCCCAGGAACCUGCACAUGAGCCGCCAGUGCACAUUGGCCUCCUCCAUGGACCUGCUGAGCUCUGGCAUGACUGAGGUGCCUUCCACCAGCUAUCAGGGAAUCUCUAUCCAUGGCACCCUGCCUCGAAAAAAGAAAGGAGGUGCUGCCACCAAUUCUAGGACAUGGGAGAUGUGCAGUUCACUGCCACACCGCAUGCGCUGCCGCCUGCCCUCUUCACCACUCAUACACAACAUCAUAGAGGAGAACCAACCUUUUCAGACACCGAGGGAGGACUACAUAGUACACAGGGACGCUGGAGGAAUGGACCCCCCCAUGGAGUACGUCAAGUUCUCCAGGGACAAGCAUAUCAUGGAUGGAGCUCCAGAGAAGCUACGCCGGGAGCUGGAGGAAGAGCUGAAACAGUGUGGAGAGGAACCUCGGAGCCAUGCAUGGUACCAUGGAGCCAUUCCAAGACAGGUGGCUGAGAACUUGGUCCAGCGUGACGGUGACUUCCUAAUCCGAGACUCACUGUCUAGCCCAGGAAACUACGUCCUGACAUGCCAGUGGAAGAACAGUCCCCAGCAUUUCAAAAUAAACAAGAGGGUGGUGGUGAUGAAUGAAGCCUACUCACGAGUGCAAUACCUGUUUGAGAAAGAGGGCUUUGACAGCAUCCCCGCUCUAGUGAGAUACUACGUGGGUAACCGUGAGCCUGUGUCUGAGGUAGUGGGAGCCAUCAUCUUCCAGCCCAUCAAUAGGACGCUGCCACUGAGGUCCUUGGAGGAGAAGUAUGGAGUCGGAUCUAUCCGUGCAGAACCAGGCCACAGAGACAAGAAGAACCGGAGCUCCAAACGACUGAGCUUGAAUAUCAUGAACGGACACAUCCCGGAUCACACCCUUGGCCGUGGAAGCCUUCUUAGCAACAGAGACAAGUGCGGAAGCCAGCCAGCGUGUCUAAACCACGUUCAGGAGAAAAGACGGCCGUUGAAGACCCAUCAGUCUGAGAGUUUCCUUCCACUUGGAUCAAGGCUUCAGGCCCAGACUCACCAUAUGGACACUCAGUCAUGCCCAAAGUCUCCUGUAUUCAGGACAGGCAGUGAGCCAGUCCUCAGCCCUACAGUCCCUCGCAAGAUGUCCUUUGAAACACAAGCAGGCGAGGCCAUCCAUGGGUCGGAUAGUCAGCUCUGCCCCAAACCGCCUCCUAAACCCAGCAAAGUGCCCUCCAUGAGGCAUCCUCACUCGUCCUUUGUAGCUCCAGUGCCUCCAGUGAAACCCCAGAAACACUGGCCUUCUACCCCACAGCAGUCAGUCAGCCCAGACGUGAGCUACUGUGAGCUGAGCCCAUGUAGUCCCGAUGAGUGGGAAAGGAUUAGUGCCUCUAAUGGUUAUGUGGAGAGGCUGAAUGUGGAGGAGAAAAGAAUCAGUGGUGGGAGCACGAAGCUGGAUCGCAGCUCUUACCAUCAUGCCAUCGAAGCCCUACAAAACAGCAGUGACGAGGAAGACAAAGAGCAGAAGGAAGAGCAGAGACAAGUCCGACACUCUGGUGCAAAGAAGGUUAGAAGUUUCCAGAGGCCUGUGUUUGAGAUGGUAUCAGCAUUCAGGCCAGGGGAGGUAGAGUUCAGGUUAUUGCCACCAGAGAAUAAGCCACUGGAAAUGUCUGUGCUGAAGAAAGCCAAAGAACUGCUGGUCAGUCAGGAUCCCAAAACCAUCGCCAAGCACAUUCUGCAAGCUGACUGUGAGGUUGCCCGGAUUCUGAAUGUUUCAGAUGAAAUGAAAGGUCAGAUGGGUGUGACCUCUGGGCUGGAACUGGUAACCCUACCACAUGGGAGGCAACUCCGUCAAGAUCUCAUGGAAAGGCAUAACACAAUGGCGAUCGGUGUUGCUGUGGACAUCCUGGGCUGUACAGGGAGCUUCGAGGAGAGAUCAGCCACGCUAAACCGAAUCAUUCUGGUCGCCCAGGAGCUAAAAGACUGCAUGGGAGACCUCUAUGCCUUCUCAUCCAUAAUGAAAGCACUGGACAUGCCUCAGAUCAUGAGACUGGAUCACACGUGGACCACCUUACGCAGGAAUUACACACACACUGCCAUCCUUUAUGAGAAAUCUCUCAAACCAUUCUACAAGGGCCUGUAUGAAGGAAGUGCAGAGGUUCCACUGAGCAGUACCACUGUGCCACUGUUGAUGCCCCUCCUCACCCUGAUGGAAAGACCAGCAGUUGCAUUUGAAGGCAUGGAGCUCUGGGAAAGCAAUGACCAGGGUUGUGAGAUCAUGCUGCGACAUCUGGAGGAGGCCCGUGCUGUUGCACGCAACGCUGACACCUACUCCUAUAAUGCCAAGCGGGUCUUGCAAGACUUCUGUCCUGAUGAGGACAUGUUGGAGAUCCUGAAGACAGACUUCCAGUUACGCCUGCUCUGGGGCAGCAGAGGGGCUGGGGUAAACCAGAUAGAACGACACGACAAGUUCAAACUCAUCCUGACUGCACUGUCCAGAAAACUUGAGCCUCCUGUUAAACAGACAGAACUCUGAGGAAAGAAGACCCACAUCAGUUCAAAGCACCUUAUGGAAGGACAUGAAAAGCUCUAAAUGCAGAAUACACAUGGCCCAAUAAAACUGCUGCGAAGAACGUAAGCCGUUUUACAAGUGCUUCACUACAAUAUAUCUUGCAUAAACAGUACUGUAUUUCAAAGGCUUUAUCCAUACACACUUUGGAAUAAUCACACUAAUACAAGAGGGUAUUUUUCUGCUCUGUGGACUGAAUCGCAUGUGUAGAACGCCCAAAGAGACAAAAGGUACAAUGAGAAAAGGAAAAGGAAUCGUUCAGUUAAGUGGUGAUUACAGUUAAACAGUCAACACCAUUAUUUAAAGGUCCAUGGUGGUGGUGAGGAGGACAGAUGGUGGUAAAACUAUGGCUGUUCUGUAUGUUUUAAAAGUGUGUUUCGUAUUUAUACGUUAAGUCGUCCAGUGCUUUUAGUCUAGAACUGUACUGUAAAACAUGAUCUUAUUCCAACAAGUGUGUAAAUGAAAGAAACAUACCUGUAAAACUGUGUAUAUAAUUAUUAGUAAGGUAAACGUGAAUGCUAAUCGAUGUAAUAUAGUUUAUUCAUAAUUGUGAGUCAUGUAAAUACUCAAACAAUUUUAAUAUCUUUCUAUGAAAUGUUGCAAAUGUAUAGAUAAGUCUAAAUAAAUUGUCUAACCCCACAAAAGACAUGUUUGUGUCUUAGUAAUAUUGUACUUUCAUUGGAACACCCAUGUUCACACAGCUUUCUCAUUUAAUAAAGGAACUGGUUAAGCUAGUGUGUACUUAAGAUGAAAA